CUCUACAUCAGCAGCAUCUCACACACAGCUACGCACACCGACUGCAACACUCCACCAAGCAUAAUGAGCGCAGACGGACAAAAAGCGCUUCCUCCGUACAUCUUACCAGUCGAAGGUCAGGGUGGGGGAGAUUCAGUGAAGGUCUACCACCUCCACACCCCUUUCACCCCCCCAGACAGCACACAGGACCACACCACCGCCACUCAUGGCACGCCAGUGUACACCAGCGGCGGGGGAGGCCUGGGUUCAGGUUUAGAAUCCGGAGACGGCAGAAGAAAGUUUGUGAGCUAUGAAACGGGGCUGGGACAUUCCCCCGGCAUGACGACCUGCUCCUCCUGUCAGCAGCAGGUCAUGACAAACGUCACCUACAAAGCAGGGACGUACGCCUGGCUGAUGUGCCUACUCUUCAUCUGCUGCGGGUUGGUUCUGUGCUGCUGCCUGAUUCCAUUCUUCAUGAAAAAGUUCAAGGAUGCUCACCACACGUGCCCCCGCUGCAACAGAGUCCUGCACGUCGAGAAGAGAAAAUGCUGUAAAUGACGGACAUGAGGGCAGGAAAAUGGAACCGUAGAAAUGAGAGCUAACAUGAUGUUACCUUUGUCUGAGUUUCCGUUACCGGGUUAAAACAAGGAGCAUUUGUGCCACUUUCUGAGACUAACAGAGAGCUAACAGAUGCCACUCAUCUCUAUGGAUGAUUCAUAGCAGCAACAAUUACUUUCUGCAUUGUAUCAUAUUAUUAGCAAACAGACUGGGAGUGUUGUUGUGUUGCCAGAGCUUAAAUAUCCAUCUUUUAGAGCUCUGGCAAGUUAAAGCACACCCCAUGCAUUUUUUUUUGGAACUGUUAGAAUAUCAUUAUACUCACAAACCUUUGCAUACAUAAUGUUGUCAAAAUGAAGGCAUGUAUAUAGACUCUAAUAAAUGCUUUAUGUUUAAAGGGAUUGUGCAUGUGAACUUUAAACAGAUCAGUCUGACACAAACCAACACAAUAAACCAGAGCAGAGAGCAAAAGCACAAAUAUUUGCUCAUCUGCACUUGCACAGUAAAUUUGUGUUGUUUCUGGUUGUCAGAAAUGAAACUUCCUCAGGUAAAAUUAAACCAUUUUGGUUAUAUUUAUAUGUUCAGUCUCAAAAUUACCCUCAUAGUUCAGCAAUCUGAAACAAACACCUGUUCCUUUGUUACAUUGCAAAGUUCAAUGCAAAAAUAAAGCUAUAAUUAUAUAUAUAUAUAUAUAUUAUAUCAUAAUUGUCUAAUUAUUUUGGGAAUACAUUUCUGUCUUCUAACUUGUUGAGAAAAAAAGAACUUUCUGCUUUAUAACACUACCAUGAUGUGUGAUUCCUCCUCGUCUCCCCUCCUGAAUGAAACUGACUUGUUAUUCACCAUUGUGAGCUAUUUGAUAACAAUAUUUCUCUAAUAAAAGUAGAUUGUAAUCAAAGACUACAAA